UUGAGAGGGCAACACAACUCAAGUCCAGGACGGCAAGAACUACUCCUACUCUUCUAGGCGGGAGAGCAAGGCAAACAAUUGGCUUACUAUUCGUGGACAAGCAAAUGGAGCAGCAAGGCCAAUCUAGCGAUUCUGCCAAUUCCUACGUUAUAGAGAUGGCUCAGCUGGCCAAUGAGCUCAGUGGCAAACUAGAGACCCUGAACUCAUCCCAGACGCAGGUCGGGGGCGGGCGCUCUUCUUGUCCCAUCAUCGUCGCCAAGGUCCGCGACCUCACGCGCAACGUCGACUGCGGCGAGUACGAUCCUGACCACGUCGCCAUCGGCCCGUACAACUACCCUCGCCCCCAGAGCAGGAGCCCGCACCUCGCCAUGGAGCACGACAAGCUGACGAGUCUUCACAAGGUGCUCUCAGCUGCAAGAGCCACGAGACCCGGCAUGACGGUGAACGUCUACAUCAACGAGCUCAGAUGCCUCGAAGAAUCCGUGAGGAACUGCUACGCCAACACGUUUGCUGACAUGACGAGUGAGCAGUUUGUACGCAUGCUCCUCCUCGACGGCUGCUACAUACUCUCCCGCCUCGUUGGCUUCCAAGCACAUCCCGCAGGUGAUGCGCCUGUGACUGUAGAUGUCGGCGUCCCAUCGGCGAACAGGGCGGAGGCGCUGGCGGUGGUCCGCGACGUCUUCUACCUUGCCGAGAACCAGAUACCUUUCUUCGUCCUCCAGAAGAUUGGAGAGCUGACGGCUUUGGAUGGUAAGGAUCGUGUGAUUAACGAGAUCACGGAGUAUGCCCUCGAUCUCAUGAGAAGACAGAAGUAUAAAGAGGCAGCGCCGGCCAUCAUGCCGCCGCAGCCAACAGUGCCUGGCAAUCUUCUCCAUCUUCUCCAUAUGCACUUGAAGCCUGCUCCACCCUCCGCCCCGCCUGCUGCCACCGGAAACGACUCGGAUCAAGUGCGCCGGUGGCGCUCGGCGACAGAGUACAGCUUCGCUGGGGUGAAGUUCAAGGGUCUGUCCAUGAAAGAGAAGGGCAUGCGCUGCAUCCUCGACGUGAAGCUGAAUGGCGGGGGAGGCACGCUGGAGGUGCCCCGCCUGGACAUCGACAAUGAGACAUGGCGGCUGCUACGCAACCUGAUGGAGCUGGAGCAGAGGAACCGGGAGGCAGUGGGGAGCCAUGUCACGGCAUACUGUGUGUUCAUGUCCCAGAUGGCCUGCACCACCAAGGACGUGGAGCUGUUGUCCAAGAGAGAUGUCAUUGUGCACGGCCACGGCAACAACGACGAGGUGGCGAAAUGCUUCUCCGACCUUUGCAAGGGGAUCCAAUUCGAUCCUGACGACCCCGAUUGCAACUACCUGCGGGAGACAUGCUCAAUUCUAGAGAAGCGGUCUAGGAGCUCAUCACGGAAGUGGGUGGCAUGGCUGAGGCGGAAAUACUUCAGCAACCCCUGGCUUGCUGUCGGGCUCCUGGCAGCAGUCGUUGGGCUAGUUUGUGCAGUCGUGCAGGCAGUGUACUCUGUUUUGAGCUACAAACAUGGGUGAAGUUAGCAAUAUGAUCAUCACGCGCUUGUAGACUUUAGGUUAAAAAUAGUAUUGUGUGUUAUGAGGCUUGUAAAAGGUCCAUUGGACAGCCGUGUUUAAUAAGGAUGUAAAAUAGGGGAGAUUUCUUGUU